UUUCAAUGGAUUCUUUACUCGAGGUACAACGUACUUGUCACGAAGAAAGGGAAAGAUGUGUUGAUUUAAUGGUUAGAGAAUAUUUGGUUGAAAAGAAAACGCAACGAGAAAAGAUCAAUUCUGACCAACGUGUUAAAGGUUUAAUUGAUAGAUGUAGAAAUGCUACAGAUAAAUUAAUUAAAAUAUAUAAUGAUGAAUCUGGUGAACGUGCUAAAGAAAUUCAAGCUAUUGGAGGACCAAAUGAAUUUGCUGAAUUUUAUUCUCGUCUAAAAUCACUCAAAGACAUUCACCGAAAAAAUCCGAACGAGACAGCUCGUCCUUUAACGAUAGAAUUCCAAGAGAUGGCUAAUUUUGUACAAGAUCCAGAUAAAAUUGAGAGGGAAAUGGUUCGCUUUACGGACGAGGAAGGCUACGGGAAAUUUUUGGAUAUGCACACUCUUUAUGAGCAAUAUGUUAAUUUGAAAGGAGUUAAGCGUAUUGAUUAUAUUACUUUCAUCUCUACAUUUAAUCAAUUACAUGAAAUUUCGAAAGAUAAAACUAAAAAGACUGGAGCUUAUAAAAAUUAUGUUUCUUCUCUCGAAGGAUAUUUGACAGACUUUUUGCGACGUGCAAAACCUUUAAUUGAUAUUGAAGCGGAACUUUAUAAUGCCGACAAUGGUAAAGUGCCUGGUUGGUCGACAGAGAAAAGCACUGGAAGUUUAUUGGCUAAACAACCAAUGGCUUCGGCAGAUCUUGAUUUAGCCAAAUAUGAGACGGUAGAUGAGCUUAUGGAACUUGGGAGUGAUCGUUUGAAAUCGGCGCUUCUUGAGAGGAAUUUGAAAUGUGGAGGGUAA